AGAGAGAGUGUGUGUGUGUGUGUGUGUGAGAUGCCGGUGUCCCGCGUGCUCGGGUCCGGUCUGGUCUCCGGGUUCAGCGCGCGCUUUUAUAAUAAACUCAUUAAUAAUAAGAGUGUAAACAGACGGAGUGUGUCAGGGCUCACACACACACACAGCACACACACUCACCGCGGAAAUGUGUGUGUCGCGGAAGGAGAAGUGCGGGUCCGGUUCGCGCCGAGUCCCACCGGGUUCCUACACCUGGGCGGCCUGCGGACGGCGCUCUAUAACUUCCUGUUUGCGAGGCAGCAGGGCGGGACGUUCAUCCUGCGGCUGGAGGACACGGAUCAGUCCCGCCUCGUCCCCGGAGCAGCGCGGGACAUCGAGCGCACGCUGGAGUGGGCGGGUAUUCCCCCUGACGAGAGUGUGUCCAGAGGAGGUGUGUACGGUCCGUACGUGCAGUCCGAGCGUUUGAGUCUGUACGCUGAGGCAGCGGCAUCUCUGAUACAGUCAGGCCACGCCUACUACUGCUUCUGCACCAAUCACAGAUUAGAGCUACUCAAGAAGGAAGCACUGCGCCGGGGACAGACGCCACGGUAUGAUAACAGGUGCAGACACCUCCAUGGUGAUCAGGUGCAGGAGAACCUGUCCCAGGGUAAACCCCACGCCGUGCGCUUUCAUCUUCACGCGGAGGCGGAGCCGUUUGAGGACCUGGUGUUUGGUUGGACGGGGCACGCGGUGGGGGAGGUGGAGGGCGACCCCGUGAUCCUGAAGAGCGACGGCUUCCCCACCUACCACCUGGCCUGCGUGGUGGACGACGCGCACAUGCGCGUGAGCCACGUCCUGCGCGGCGCCGAGUGGCUCACCUCCACCUGUAAACACCUGCAGCUGUACCGCGCCCUGCGCCUGACUCCGCCCACCUACGCUCACCUGCCACUGCUGCUGAACCCAGACGGAAGCAAACUGUCCAAGCGGCAGGGGGACAUCUACAUCUCCCACUUCAGACAGCAGGGGGCGCUCCCCGAGGCACUGCUCGACCUCAUCACUAACUGUGGCUCCGGGUUCAACAGUAAUCGCAUCGGUCGAAGCCUGGAUGAGUUGAUCAGUGAGUUUAAUGUCUCAAAAAUCGUCACACACUCGGCUGUGCUCGAUCUCAAGAAACUCCCAGAAUUCAACAGGGUUCACCUGCAGCAGCACAUUGAGGAUGAGCCUCAGUGUCGCCUCCUGGUGGACCAAGUGCAGAAUCUCCUCACUCUUACUUACAGGGAACAGAUGGAGGAGCAGGGGGUUCUGGACCAUGAUUACAUCACCAGAAUACUGCACAUGAGGAAGCGUCACAUCUCAUCUGUGAAAGAUCUGCUCUCUCCAGUGUACUCGUACCUGUGGCUCCGCCCCUCCGUAUCCCGGCAACAGCUGGAGGAGAUGAGCGCCGAAUCACGUGACAUCAUCAGUCAUGUCAUGCUGGUGAUUAAGGGGCAGAAGAGUGAAUACACUCCUGAGUUCCUGACAGCUGAACUGAAGCUCCUCAGCAAAAAACUAAAGACGACUAAAUACAGUUUAGUUAUGAAGUUACUGAGGUUUGCUCUGACUGGACAACAGCAGGGUCCCAGUGUGGGUGAGAUCAUGGUCUCUCUCGGGGAGGAUGAGGUUUAUCAUCGUCUACAGAAGAGUUUAGAAGCUUAAAGGGAAAAAUUCACAUGUACUGGAGAAUUGAGGAAGCGUUCUCCUGGGAGCGACUCUAGAACCCUGAGUGUUUGGGAGCGACUCUAGAACCCUGAGUGUUUGGGAGCGACUCUAGAACCCUGACAGUGACUUUAUCAGUUCUACACUUUGUUUAUUUUGUACAAAAUAAAAAUGUUUUUGAUCUGUAAA